AUUUUUCAUUUGCAAUUAUUUUUUCGGGUUAGACGUUAUUAUGUCUUUACUUGUUAUAGGUGGGAUCGCGCUUGAUAUAACAGCUACUGUAGGAAAGACACUUGGGUCUUCUAUUUUACACACGUCUACUCCCGGUCACGUCAAGCAAAGUUUGGGUGGUGUUGGUCGCAACGUGGCAGAAGCCGCAUGGAGAACGGGUGGCAAAGACGUCAAGCUUGUUUCAGUUGUUGGGGAUGAUUUAGCAGGAGAAUCCGUCCGACAGGGCAUGAAAGCAAUUGGCAUGUCGACAGAAUACAUUCAGACCUUGAAAAACCAGCCUACAGCAGUUUACAAUGCACUUCAUUCAAACGACGGACAAUUGGUAGCUGCAGUUGCUGAUAUGAACAUUUUCGAUCAUAUAGAUUCUUCAAAUAUUGUUUCUAUUUUACAAACAGAAAAGCCUAGUUUUGUUUGCUUUGAUGGUAACAUUACGUCUACCUUAAUGGAAAGCAUUGCAACUACUUGUGCUUCACUUUCAAUCCCAGCUUUGUUUGAACCUACUUCUGUUCCCAAGUCACUCAAGCUUUUUCAACGCAACAAGGCGAUGCAAGCUCGUUCUGUUCAAUAUACAACACCGAAUCAAUUUGAAAUUGAGGCUAUGUGUGACCAAAUUCGAUCUGAUCCUGCUCUUCAAGUGUGCCAAGACUAGCCGAGACAGUGGCUCCUUAUGCUAUCUUCUUGUCCAACUAUAUUCCUAAUAUUGUGACCAAGUUGGGUGAAGAAGGAUGUCUCUUUGUGCAUAAUAAGUCUGUGAUUGAAUACUUUUCCCCAGAAUUUAUACAAGCAAAUGAGAUCAAGAGUGUCACUGGUGCUGGUGAUUGUUUUGUCGGUACAUUAAUUGCCAAUUUACAAAAGAGAGGGAAAACACCACUUUCAGGUGAUAUUUUGAAAUCAAUUAUUCAAAAAUCACAGCUAUCAUCCGUUUGUACUCUCAAAUCAAAUAAUGCAGUAAGUAAACACAUUUCAAACGAUUUACUUGUGUAAUCAGAAAUAAACCUCCCCUGAAAUCAUGCCCGGAUAAACAUUAUGGCAAGUGUGACUGAGAUCAUUGUUACCCCCGGGGUUAUGUUUAGCUAUAAGUUCGCUCUCU